AUGAUUGUCCGCCAUGGAACGUUAUGGGCAAUCGCGGUGCUUGUUCUUCUCGCGAGUGUGUCAUUUUCGGAAUCCGUAAAACUACGAAAACCACGAAAAAGGACCACGGCAAGAACUCCGUAUCAACAGUCCAGAAUUGGAUCGGUGAUUAUAAAAGUGAUGCAUAAAUAUUCUGACGAUGAUCUCACGCGUAGCGCAGCAGCGGCUGGUUGUACCAACGGCAACUGUAAAAAUGCACACAAUAAAUUUAACUUCGAACCUAUUAACGAAGCGAUAUCCGAGAAAGACAAUUUCCUCUCAGACGAGGAAUCGUUACGUUACGUCGUGCAUCCAGAGAAAUACGAACAUUUCGUAUUAAGGAAAAAUACAGGACAUGCGAAUAGAUACAAAAGGGACUCUACAUUUUCGGAAUUACAUUCAUCGAGUGCAGAUGAUCGUACAGUGAUUAAUCGUAACGAUGAUGCGAGUAAAGUAUCAGAAAACGUAAGUAAAGGAAAUUUAACGAAAAAAACACUCUAUAGACUUCCGUUAUACAGAACACAUUCAAUUGACGAACUCAACAGAUAUGCAAAAAAUUUUGCGAAAUCUUUAAGCGAAGCGAACAGAACGAGAAGAAGCUUCGCUGCUGACAAUUCUCCGCAAAGAAGCGAUGAUCACAGUGGCCAUGCAAGUAUUGUAUCGGAAAAUGUAAAUGAAGGAAAUGUCACGAAAAAAACGCUCUAUAGACUUCCGCUAUACAGAAUACAUACAAUUGGCAAACUCAACAGAUAUCCAAAGAAUUUGGCGAAACCUUUAAGCGAAGCGAACAGAACGAGAAGAAGCUUCGCUGCUGAUCAUUCUUCGCAAGGAAGCGAUGCAAGUAUUGUAUCAGAAAACGUAAGUAAAGGAAAUUUCACGAAAAAAACGCUCUAUAGGCUUCCGCUAUACAGAACACAUUCAUUAGACGAACUCAACAGGUAUACAAAGAAUUUGGCGAAACCUUUAAAUGAAGCGAACAGAACGAGAAGAAGCUUCGCUGCUGACAAUUCUCCGCAAAGAAGCGAUGAUCACUGUGGCAAUACAAGUAUUGUAUCGGAAAAUGUAAAUGAAGGAAAUGUCACGGAAAAAACGCUCUAUAGACUUCCGCUAUACAGAACACACUCAUUAGACGAACUCAACAGGUAUACAAAGAAUUUGGCGAAACCUUUAAGCGAAGCGAACAGAAUGAGAAGGAGGCUUGUUGUUGACUAUUCUUCGCGAAGAAACGACAGUGAUUAUUACGCGCAGCGAAAAGCUGUCAUGGACAGAUAUUACGCCCGGCAGCGUGAAAUAAACGCGCUAUACGCUAAUCGAACAAUCACCACUCCGCGAUUAAAGUACAACAAUGUGUCGCAACAUCUGUACACAAGCAACGCUACCCUGUUCAAUCUCGGACGUGCAUAUCCUAGUAGAAAUUCGACAGCGAGGGACAGCACGACUACUUUUCUUCAUCCAUCCACAAUGAUAGAUCCAAUAUAUAGCAACGAAUCGCGAUACAAUAGAAUACCGAACGAACUGGACAGUCGACGAAACUUCGUCUCGGAAAUCGAUCCCGGCUUCAAAUCUGACACGAACUUGUCUCAAACGAGAAGCAGCGCUAACAGCGAAAGAAACGCAUUGGAUUUUCCCGUCACGCCCACGCCAUGUACGAAUAAUGGUACUUUCGCGCCAAAAACGCGUUCCAGGCACGCACAUUACAAUGAGAGUAACGAGGACUGCCCUCACAAUUCGACAGAUAAGGAUAACACCGAAGGCAGCCUACGAUGGGGAAAGUGCGAAGGAAAAAUCGUGUAUCAACACAAUUUGCUUCUCGGAUUAACGGGCCCUUCGAACCUUGACGCUCUGUUUGAGGUAGUCAUUCAGGGCCCUGUCUGUAUCACUUGCGUAGAAGCGUUGCGAUAUAACGAAACUAGAGCGGUUGUCGCGUUGGAUUCCGGAGGACGUGGGUACGAAUACGCGAAGCUCAAGCUGCAAGGUUACGAGAACGAAGGCUUUUCCUACAUAAUAAAGGUCUGGGGCAUCAAUAAAAUUGGUGAGGUUUGCGACAACGUAGAUUAAUCAAGAUAUGAGUAAAAUUAGGUGAGCUAAGUAACACAUGUCGCACAAGUAUAAAAAAUUUUUAAUACAAAGAAUUAAGUAAUAUUUUUAUAAAUAUAUCGAUAUGCUGUGACAUCGUUUGUUUAGUCUUACUCUUCGUAUUAAGCAAGUAACCUUAAUAAACAAGCUAAAGCUAAUACAUACGUAAGAUACAUCACAAAAACUUACAAAUUUUUUCCAUAAAAGAUACCUGCGCAAAUGAUUAAAACAUUCUGAGUACUUAUUGUUCGUUUGAUUCAAUAUUAGCGUAGAACGUAGCAUUAUUGUAUAGAUAGAAUUCAUCAACUUGUCGAAUAUCUGCACGUAGAUUGGAGAUUAUGUACUCAACAAUUUCACAAUUCAAUGUAAUGGCGCGAUCAAUAUACUAAAUGCCGAUUGAUUGCACAGCUGUGCCAACGCUCCAAGCAUUGAUUAUUCCUCAAAAUGUGUAACAAUAAAGGUUUACACCUUCUUAAAAAGAUUAAAGAAAUAAAAGAAGGUAACAAGAAAUUUUGAUAUAUUUCAUCGACAUAUCCUAUUGACACUUGCAACGUUCGUUUAAAAAAUUCGCGAAG